AGCCGGAGCAAGCAGCUGGUCAGUGACCCGCAGGCCGCCCGCGCGGCGCUCGACUCGGACCUUGAAGCCUUCUUCUUGCGGGUGCGGCUAGAGGACACCGGGGAGGUGUUCCGAGUGGCAAAUUGCCGCGGCGACAUGACCGUGCGAGAGCUCAGAGAGGACCUGGACCUGAUGGUCGGCAUCCCCUUCAACCUCCAGCGGCUCCAGUACCUGGACCAAGGAGAUAUGGUGGAUGACAGCACACUGAGGUUCUAUGACGUCGUUCCUGGUGGCGUGAUCUCCCUGUGCAUCUGGCAUUAUGAUGGCUGGACAGAACUGGUUUUGGCAGCAGUGGAAGGGGACCCCAAUAAGCUGUCCAUUCUCGGAAUUACUGAAGAUUCCUUCUACCGAACAGCCAAUUCACGAUAUUUUGAGGGUGAGAAGUGGAAGCGGUGGAUAUCUCAGAGAGCGUUCGUGGCUCUGUAUAUUGCCUCUCACCGAGGUCACUAUGACACUGUGCGGUACCUUCUAGAACAAGGUGCCAACUGCCUGGACAGCACACCCCUGGGCAGGACGCCCCUGCACGUGGCGGUGGCCAUGGGCCGGCUGGACUGUAUCAACCUCCUGCUGGAGCACGGGGCCCCCAUCCAUGAGAAGGACGUCAAGGGGGAUACCCCCAUCUCCAUCGCCCGCUGCCUGAACCGCAAGCAGACUGAGCGGCGCAUGUUCCUCCUCUACGCGCUGGCCAAGUCGGGCAAGAAGAACAUCAAGGACCUGGUCAUGAGGGAGAUCUUCCAGAGGAUCACCUCCGGCGCCGGCUCUAAGAAGCCCUGA